AUGACAGACAAAGUUAACGAAAAAGUUCGACCACAUAGUCAGCGUUAUCCUUUCCAAAAGCAGCAUCCACAAACAACAACACAUAUUUUGAUGAAAUACAGUGAGCGUCAUGUACCUAUUCUUUAUGGUCCACAAAUUCCUCGACGAGAUCGUGAUGAUACUCGAGAACGAUACAGUCGAGCUAUUCUCACACUUUUCGUACCUUGGCGCACCGUUACUGAUCUUUGUGGCGUCAAUCAAACAUGUGAAGAUGCUUUUAAAUCUCGACAAAAUCGUAUUUCUAUUCAUUCAUGGAAGAUCAUAGAAAAUAUUCAACUUUUACAUGAAUGUAAAAAGGACCGCGAUGAACAUUUACUUCAAGUUAUUGCUGAAGCUCAAAUUGAGAAUGAUUCAAUCGAUUCUGUUCUUUUGCCUGCAAAUCAACAUAUUGAUAGUGAAUAUGAUAUGAAUGACACCCAUUGCCAAUCUUCUUUAAAUGAAUCUAUCGAUUCUGCGAAUCAACAACUUGUACGGUUCGUUUCUGCAACAACAAAUCUUGUUCGACUAAACACAAAAUGGCAAGAACAGCUGAAAGCUGAAAAAGAACGAGUUAGACGAAGUUUAAUUACAGGCAACUAUGAUAAAGAAGAUAAUACGAUACAUUUGCAAGCUGCAAAAUAUGCCAUUGUCACAGUGCUGAAUCCAAAUAGUUAUAAUCAAAACAACUUUGACAGCUAUGGUUCGAUUCUCCCAGUUGUCUCUAUUGCAACCAACUUUCCCAAUCAAACAAGUAUUGCUGAUGAAUUUACAUUAAAUAGAGAACAACGAGCUGCUUUCAUGAUAAUAAUAAGUCAUCUUGAUGGUGAUAGUCGAUGUCGUACAGGUGAUAAUAAUGGACAACUCAUUAUGUGCAUACCUGGGUGUGGUGGUACAGGCAAAUCACAGCUUAUUCGUGCUCUCAGCAAAUACUUUCUUGUUACGAAAAGAAUGCAAGUGAUGCGAAAGCUAGCACCCACAGGAAUUGCUGCUGCUGAAAUAGGUGAUAUGACAAUUCAUUCAUUUUGGGAGGGGGGACACCGUAAUUCUGGAAAGCCACGAACUAUCAAACCAGGAGAUUUAAAACUCGAAAAAGAGUGGAGAUUCGUCGAAUAUUUAUUAAUCGAUGAAAUGAGUAUGGUUGGUUUAAAUUUACUAGCAAAACGUAAUCGAAUUAUUUGCUCUGCAAAACAUGUUGAUCCUCAAGUUCCAUUUGGUGGUGUGAAUGUUAUCUUCUUUCGUGACUACUUACAAUAUCGACCUGUUUAUGAUGCACCAUUACACACAGAUUUUUUAUUACCAUCCAAAAAGAAAUCUGGUAAGCUACCCACAGAAAAAGAAAUUCAACAACGUGUUGCACGUUCUUUAAUCCUUCAAAUCAACUGCAUUGUAAAACUUACUCAACAGAUGCGAACGGAACAUCCGCGGUAUCUUCAAUUGCUUGAACGACUCCGUCACGGUCAAUGUAAUUACGAUGAUUACGAAUUAUUGUUAACACGAGUUGUUGGACAAUCAUCAGUAGGUUUUCUACGCGAUGAACCUUGGAAUAAAGUAAGUCUUCUUUUUCGUUUUCAACAAUUUUCUAUUUUCAUCUUUUUAGGCUCCGAUUCUUGUUUUCCGAAAUGA